GUCUCUGCAUUAUGGGUCGCAUCAAGCAAAAAGGAAAGGCAGGAGCCGCCAAGGCCUACGUUACAAGAUCUUAUGCGGUCAAAAGGCUGCAAUGCACGCUGGCAGAUUUCCGUAGACUUUGCAUACUAAAAGGAAUAUUUCCACGGGAGCCUCGACAUAAGAAGCGGGCCAACAAAGGGUCCACAGCGCCAACCUCGUUCUACUAUGCCAAAGAUAUUACCUACCUCGCUCAUGAACCGGUACUGAAAAAACUUCGAGAGCACAAAGCGUUUGCCAAAAAGAUUUCUCGUGCGAUUGGCAGAGGGGAAUGGAGCACUGCAAAAAAUCUCGACGAAAAUAAGCCUACGUAUCGCUUAGAUCACAUCAUCAAGGAAAGAUAUCCCACCUUUAUUGAUGCUAUCCGGGAUAUCGAUGAUGCGCUCUGCAUGAUUUAUCUCUUUGCUUCCCUACCCUCGGAUGGCCGCGUUUCUCCAUCUUUAAUCGAGAACUGUACUCGGUUGACGGCUGAAUGGCAGCUCUACGUUAUGCACUCUCGGUCACUCCGUAAAGUUUUCUUAUCCAUAAAAGGUGUCUACUACCAAGCAGAGGUCAUGGACCAAACUGUAACAUGGCUCACUCCUUAUCAAUUCACCCAGAACGUGCCUUCAGAUGUGGAUGUCCGUGUCAUGCUGACAUUCUUGGAGCUAUACCAAACGCUUAUGGGGUUCGUGUUCUUCAAGCUAUAUACAGAUUCUGGACUAGUUUAUCCUCCUCCUUUGGACCAAAACAAAGAUGAUGCCGCUGCGGGAAUCGGAGCGUUCAGUCUGCAAGAGGUCGAUCACAAAGUCAUCGCCAAGCCCGAAAAAGCUGCCCCUGGUACCAAGUCAGUAUCUAGCAAAGAAGUACGGCAAACCAUUAAAAGCAUUGGAGUCAAUGCAUCAGCAAACGAGGAUGCAGACAUGGAUGUUCCCCAAGAAACCACCGAGUCUGCUGAGAUCGACGAAGAAUUCGUACCUCAAACGUCUGCUUCUGAUCCCAAUGCAAUUAGCGCACUCCCCACUCUGCAGUCGAUAUCAUCGUUACCACAGGCAGCGCCGACAAAACUUUUUGAGCCAUUCACGUUUUUCUUGUCACGUGAGUCGUCGCGACCUAUAUUCGAGUUCCUCGUUCGCUCUUUUGGCGGGCGGAUUGGCUGGCCCUCCUCGGUAGGUGGAGGAUCGCCUUUCGCUGAAUCGGACGAUUCCAUCACACAUGUCAUAAUAGACCGUCCUUUGGUUGAAAAACCCAACGAAUCGGCAGAAGAACGGGAACGCAGACUUCGAAGAAAAUACGUGCAACCACAGUGGAUUGUGGACUGUAUCAAUGCUGGGAAGAUACUGCUGGAGGAUCUUUAUGCACAAGGAAAGACGCUACCUCCCCACUUGUCGCCAUUCGCAGCUCGAGCAGGAGCGUACGACCCCAUGGCGGGCCCCACCAGAGAAGAGCUUGCUGCUGAAGAUGAGGGUGCCGAAGAAAGUCAAGAAGAAGUUUCUGAUGUCGAAGGAGAAGACACAGAUAAACUUACACUUGCUGCAGCUGCAGUGAUGGCCACUGACGACCCAGAUUCAUUGAGGGCUGCCGAGUUAGCAGCCGAGGCAGCUGGUAUUGAGUUUGGAGAGUUCGAGAAAGAGGUUCAGAAAUCGCAUAAGAAGUCGAAGAAGAAGGAAGUCGUCAACGAGGCUGAAGGCGAGGAUAUGAAUAAGAUGAUGAUGAGCAAACGUAAGAGGAAACUAUACGAGCGGAUGAAGUACGGAGAAAGAAAACGAGCUGCAGAGAACUCGAUAUUGGAGGAAAAACGCCAAAAGAUCUCGAAGGAGAAACGGCGACAGGCCAAGGGGUAAGGAACUGCAAGCUCACCUGGCUACCUAUUGCGGUAUAAGCAAUGGUACCACUUAUUUCAGCUCUACCUCGCUAUGUUAUGGGCUGAUGUUGGCCAUUUUUUUCUUGCACUACUACGCUUUCCUGAAAAAUGCAUUGAUGUCCACCAGCCCGUGGUUAUCCCUCCCCGACUACUUACUGGUUUGUAUUGCCGAUGUCUUCGAGAUGCAGAUUAAGUAUACCAUAUGUUCGUCUCGUUAUUGUAAGUACAGAUCCCUCGUCUCGUGACCUGCCGGCAACCAGAAAUGUUGCCGUCAAACUUGCGCG